AUGCGUAUGCCGCUGGAGGUCAAUCAACGUUUAGCACUGUAUUCAUACCAAUUGGACAGCGUUCCUUCACCCCUGGAGAUGGCUCAGUACCACAAACGAUUGAUAGAGUUGUACAAUGAAAUGGCAAGCAGAACUCGACAAACCAAGCAGUAUAUUACUCUAAACAACACACUCGUGGAUGUGAAUAAUUUCCUUCAAAAGGAAUUUGAAAUGCUGACGAAGAUUGAAGAAAUCCUCCCACAAGCCAAACAGGAGGCCUACCGGGACUCGUUCAUCGACGCUCUGAACACCAUGAAUCAAGCAAUCGAAGGGGUCUAUAAAAAGGUGAGUGAGCGCAAAAAGGUUCUGCUGGAAGAAAAAGCUCGAUUGACAGCUGAAUACAACGAGAUGAAUGAGGAAAGGCGAGAAUUCAACCGAUUAGUGGAACUGAUGAAAGUGGAGUGUGAACGUAAUCAGAAGUUGAGAAGGAUGUAUGCACAGUUGGAAAGGGAAGAAGCUGCUAAGCAAAGGGCAGAAGCUGCUCAGCAAAUCGCACCCCAGUCAUGA